GAUCUUUUGUACACAGAUUAUCUGGUUGUACAAUAUCCCGCCGUCUUAUAUGCGCACUGCUCUUUGUUGAUAUUUGUAUUUGUGAAUAACUUCAUACAACUUUAACUUAAAUUAAAAUUAUUCCCGAGUACAGGAAAAGAUAAUAUUGAAAACAAAUGUUAAGAAUGUCAACACAAAUAGAUACAAUUGUAAAUGCAUACAAGACACUAUCGAAGAUUCCUUCCAUAGUUGGUGCUAAACUUAACAAUGACGGAAACAGGAUUUCAUGCAAAUGGUCUGUUCGGAAUUUGGACAAAGGGAAGACGACAAAAUAUUUGACGGAUUAUAUUUUAAAUGAUAAUCUUAAAGUUAUCGCGGAAAGUGAAUUUGGAGUGGAUGUGAGUAAUGAAUUACUAUCAUCAGUAUCACCGAAGGGUAUGUUUAAAGCGGUGAUCCGUGAGGAGAAGGAAGGCAAGGACAAGAAGCAGUACUUGGAGGUGUGGUGCAAGCAUAACCUGGAACACUGCAUUGAUCUCACUGCUCUGGAUUUACACGGAGAUGUAUACGCUGAUUCGGAGUUUGGUGGUUUAGAGUGGUCGCAGGACGAAAGCGCAGUGGUGUAUGUCGCUGAGAAGAAAGUAAAGAAAUCGGAACCCUAUAUAAAAAGGAAAUCAGAGGAUAAAGCUAAAAAUGAUGGCAGUGGGGAAUCUCCACCGAAGAGAGGUGAAGAGUUCAUAUACAGACAAGAUUGGGGUGAACAGCUGGUGGGAAAAUUCUUCUCAGUAAUAGUUGUGUGCAAGCUGGCUACGGAGACUGUCACAGUAUUGGAGGGCUUGCCUGAAACAUGGUGUCCCGGACAGGUCCGCUUUGCGGCGGACGGGCGCGGCGUGCUGGGCGUGGCGUGGCUGACGGAGCCGCGCCGGCUCGGCCUCAUAUUCUGCACUAACAGACCUUCAUACAUCUUCGAACUGUCUUUUGAUGGAAAAUUGAAUAAGGUGACAUCGGAGGGCCUGAGCGUGCGGUCUCCGCGGCGCGGCGCGGCCGAGCUGGUGUGGCUGCAGCGCGGCGCCGGCGGGCCGCACCACGCCUGCCAUUCUAUACAAGCUAAGAAAAAUGAUAAUGUAUGUAUUGAAUGUUGUUUCAGGUUCACUUUGUCCAAACACAUUUCAGACGGUGGCAGGAUAGUGGACAUCUCGAACAAAGGUUUGGUGGGGUCCACGUGGGUGGUGGACGUGCAGGCGGACGUGGUGCUGGCGGUCUGCUCCAACAUGACCACGCCGCCGCAGUUGUUUGUAGCGAAACUACCAGGUAAAGGUUCCGAGGCGCAGAUAAAAUGGAUACAAGUGACAAAGGCGCGCGAAGUGCCGACGAGCGUCGCCGCUUCUACUGUCAAUUAUAUGGAACUAACGCACGACACGGAGGAACCAGUCAAAUCAUUCAGUGCGUUAUAUUUCGCACCGAAUGCAGAGAAGAAGCUGCCGCUGAUAGUGUGGCCGCACGGCGGACCGCACUCCGCCUUCGCUAACGCAUUCUCAUUGGAAGCCGCGCUAUUUAAUAUGCUAGGGUUCGCGAGUCUACAAAUAAACUAUCGCGGUUCAAUCGGCGCGGGGGAGUCUUCUGUCAGGUUUUUAUUAAAACGUGUGGGCGAUGCUGACGUCAGAGAUUGUAAACUGGCUACCGACGAGGUGUUAAAACGGUAUCCAGUGGAACCGACACAGUUGUGUCUGUUCGGAGGCUCUCACGGAGGUUUCCUUGUCACCCACCUGAGUGGGCAGUUCCCCGACACUUACAGAGUGGUCGUCAGCCGCAAUCCGGUUGUAGACGUCGCUACAAUGUUCAAUACCACGGAUAUCGCUGAUUGGUGUGCGGUGGAAGCGGGCUUCUUAUUCACGGAGAAGGGCCCUAUAUCGGAAGAAGAGUUGUUAGCAAUGCGACGUUGCUCGCCAUUGGCGCACGUGCACUCUGUGAGGGCCCCGACCGCACUCAUGCUAGGGUCCGGAGAUAAAAGGGUCCCGCACUACCAGGGCCUCGAGUACAGCAGGCGGUUGAAGGCCAAUGGUGUCCCUACUAAAGUAUAUAUGUACGACGACAACCAUUCGUUGUCGUCUUUGCCCGCGGAGAUGGACAACCUCAUCAACAGCGCUGAUUGGUUCCUAACGCAUUUGAAGUCUGAUUGAAUAUAUUUAAAAUUUUAUAUACUAAUAAAUAUAUCAUUUGUAAA